CAUCUGUUUAGCCAAGCUGUGGCCAACCUCUGCGAGGAAUGGAGAUGGAGUCGACUCCUCUCUUGACACCAUACAAGAUGGGCGAUUUCAACCUGGCACACAGGGUUGUGCUGGCGCCGCUGACGAGGUGCCGGGCGUUCGGGAACGUGCCGCAGCCGGAGCACAUGGCUCUCUACUACCGCCAGCGGGCGACGCCCGGCGGCUUCCUCAUCGCCGAGGCCUGCGCCGUGUCGGAGAGCGCGCGCGGGUACCCGGACGUUCCGGGGCUGUGGACCCACCAACAGGUCGAGGCCUGGAAGCCGAUCGUCGACGCCGUCCACGCCAGCGGUGCCGUCUUCUUCGCCCAGCUCUGGCACACCGGCCGGGCCUCCCCCUCAGAAUUCCAACCAAAUGGGCAGGCACCGAUCUCUAGCACGGACAAGCAAAUCCCAGCACAGGUGAACCAUUCCGGUGACGUCAACACGUUCGCGGUGCCUCGGAGACUAGAGACAGAGGAGAUACCACACGUCGUCAAUGACUUCCGGGUUGCCGCCAGAAACGCCAUCAAAGCAGGCUUUGAUGGAGUGGAGAUCCACGCGGCAAACGGGUACCUGUUCGAUCAGUUCAUGAAGGACAGCACCAAUGACCGAGACGACUCCUACGGGGGCAGCUUGGAGAACCGGUGCCGUUUCACAGCCGAGGUGAUGGCAGCCGUCGCGGACGAGGUCGGUGCCAACCGCCUCGGUGUGCGCCUCUCUCCGUUCGCGGAUUAUAUGGACUGCCACGACUCCAACCCAGAGGCGCUCGCGCUUCAUGUCAUCGACGAGACGCUGAACCCGCUCGGCGUGCUUUACUGCCACAUGGUAGAGCCAAGGAUGCGGGUGAACCCAGACGACGGUAUUAUGACUCUCGAGCACAUGCUGCUACCGUUCAGGAGGGCGUUUCGCGGGACGUUCAUUGCUAAUGGAGGCUACGACCGUGAGGAAGGCAAUGACGCCAUUGCCCGUGGCCGUGGCUAUGCAGAUCUCAUCGCAUACGGCCGGAUAUUCCUUGCCAACCCGGACCUUCCGAUGCGUUUUGCCAAGAAUGCCCCGCUGAACAAGUAUGAUAGGAGCACCUUCUAUACCUCUGAUCCGGUGGUUGGGUACACAGAUUAUCCAUUUCUCGAUCAACUCUAGGAUGAUUGGCUUAUAAACAAUUUCCCCACCUGGAGUACUAUCUUGACCUUAAAAUAAAAUGAGUGUCACUAUAA